AUGCACUUCCUCUCCGCAGUCAUAGCCAUUCUCACGGCCACAAUCGGCAUCGUAACAGCAGCGGGCGGCGGCUUUUGCGAAGACUGCGGAACGGCAUGCUUCGACAAGAAUCCGGGCAAUACCGCUGGCUACUGCAGCUGUCUGAGCAAGUCAUGCGGGAGCUGCGGUGCUCUUCCAUCGCCGCUAUGUUGA